GAAAUAGGUUCAAAGUGAUUCAUCAAUUACACUAGUUUGUUUCUUGUGUAAAUUUAUUAAGUUGAUUUCUUAUUCUAAAUUUAACAUAAUUAUUCAAUAAUGUUUCUUACUAGAUCUGAAUAUGAUCGUGGUGUCAACACCUUUUCACCUGAGGGUCGUCUUUUCCAAGUAGAAUAUGCCAUUGAGGCAAUUAAGCUUGGUACGACUGCAAUUGGUAUAGCAACUCUAGAAGGUGUUAUUUUAGCCGUUGAGAAACGAGUCACAUCUCCUCUCAUGGAGCCUGCUACAACCGAAAAAAUUGCUGAAAUUGAUGCCCAUAUCGGAUGUGCCUGUAGUGGUCUCAUGGCUGAUUCACGUACCCUUGUUGACCGUGCACGAGUUGAGGCACAGAAUCACUGGUUCUUGUACAAUGAAAACAUGUCCGUUGAAAGUGUCACACAAUCUGUUUCAAAUUUAGCUAUCCAGUUUGGGGACAGUGACAGUGAUGGGAAUGCCAUGAGUAGACCUUUUGGUGUUGCAAUUCUUUUCGCUGGAUGUGAUGAAGAUGGGCCACAAUUAUUUUAUAUGGAUCCAUCUGGUACCUAUGUCCAAUGUGACGCUAAAGCUAUUGGUUCGGGCUGUGAAGGUGCUCAACAAGCAUUACAAGAGGCUUAUUCCAAGUCUCUAUCAUUAACAGCUGCACUUAAAGUACUAUUAACAAUUUUGAAACAAGUUAUGGAAGAAAAGUUAAAUUCAUCUAAUGUUGAAGUAGCUAUAAUUACGCCUGCAGCAGGAUAUCGAAUGUUAUCAAAGGAAGAAAUUGAAAACGCCAUCAAAGAAAUACCUGCUUAAACCUAAAUCUCCUACAGUUUUUUAUUCCUCUGUUUUCAUCAUUGACUAAGCGUGUAACUUGGUCUAAUAAAUGAUUAAAAAUUAACUGAACUAAUUUUAUGUCUA